AUGAACAGGUCUCUUAAACAACUACUAGACAUGGGCUUCAAGGUAAGACAAUGUUCACUGAGUUCCUGCUGUGACUUUUGUUAGGGUCCAGAACUGGCUAUGGCUGCUUAGAAUGUAGAAGUGUACUUUUAGUUGUCUUGUAUUAGCAAUACCAUAGAUACUGUUAACCUGUAUACUUUCAGAGUUAUGCAACCCUACUCCUCACUUUACUAUCACCAAACACUGUUAAAACUAGCAUGAAAUGUCUGUUUUACAAAGGUGUCUUGUACACAGUCAAAGAGGGGCUGAACAGGAAAUUAAAGUAGCGCUAUAAAUAAUUGAUGGCACUGAGGUCAAGCCGAUAGAACUAACUCUAGCAUACAGUCACACACUGCUUUUGACUGGCAAAUGCACAUGAAAGCGAGGGGAUAGGGCUAUUAGAUUAGCUCGCUUUCUGUAAGAAUGAGUUAGCUUGUUACACUGCUGCCAUUGCACCAUUCUUUGAAACGUAUGGUAGUCUUUCAUCUGUAUGGCUAAUUGUUAUGUUUUAAUACUGUCAUGUUCAGCAAGUGGAUGCAGAAAAGGCCCUCAAGGCUAAUCACAUGAAUAUUGAAAGCGCAAUUGGUAAGUGAAAUCAUGUGUUUUUUUCAUGUGUGAGACAUUGCUACUGUAAAUGUUGAAGAGGUGUCUUUUCUUUUUUCCUUUUGGCGAGUUUUAGUGUAUUUGGGCGAGUACCGCGUUGUGGUCCAGUUGUACCGUAAUAACUUGCUAGAUUUAAGAAAGGAUAAAUUGUGUUCUUGUUUACACCUUCUUCAAAAGGCUUUGGAAGCCUUUCGUUCUUCUUUAGCUAUCAUGAGAGGCACUCUAUAAGCCAAGCGAGGGAAAAUUGGCUUUUUGCGCAAAGCACGAGACAAGUGCACAGUUUGCCUCACUUGGUUCAAAGCACCUGUCAUGCAGGCUAGGUCUUCUUAGACUUAAAGGUAGAUUUCAUCAAGUGUAAUCAAAGACCAAGUAGCUGAUUGUCUGUUGAUGUGUUUGUAGGGUACUUGCUGGCUAUGAACAUCAAUGAAAACACGGAACAGUUAUCUGGGGUCCCUGCGGAACCUGAUCCAGCGGAAGCAGCAAGAAUCCAACAGCAACAGCAGCAGAGUCAGAGCAAACUUAACCGGAAACAACGUAGAAAGCUUCAACAACAGCAGCAAGCUGAGCAACAAAGUCUUGCNGGGCUUCAAGGUAAGACAAUGUUCACUGAGUUCCUGCUGUGACUUUUGUUAGGGUCCAGAACUGGCUAUGGCUGCUUAGAAUGUAGAAGUGUACUUUUAGUUGUCUUGUAUUAGCAAUACCAUAGAUACUGUUAACCUGUAUACUUUCAGAGUUAUGCAACCCUACUCCUCACUUUACUAUCACCAAACACUGUUAAAACUAGCAUGAAAUGUCUGUUUUACAAAGGUGUCUUGUACACAGUCAAAGAGGGGCUGAACAGGAAAUUAAAGUAGCGCUAUAAAUAAUUGAUGGCACUGAGGUCAAGCCGAUAGAACUAACUCUAGCAUACAGUCACACACUGCUUUUGACUGGCAAAUGCACAUGAAAGCGAGGGGAUAGGGCUAUUAGAUUAGCUCGCUUUCUGUAAGAAUGAGUUAGCUUGUUACACUGCUGCCAUUGCACCAUUCUUUGAAACGUAUGGUAGUCUUUCAUCUGUAUGGCUAAUUGUUAUGUUUUAAUACUGUCAUGUUCAGCAAGUGGAUGCAGAAAAGGCCCUCAAGGCUAAUCACAUGAAUAUUGAAAGCGCAAUUGGUAAGUGAAAUCAUGUGUUUUUUUCAUGUGUGAGACAUUGCUACUGUAAAUGUUGAAGAGGUGUCUUUUCUUUUUUCCUUUUGGCGAGUUUUAGUGUAUUUGGGCGAGUACCGCGUUGUGGUCCAGUUGUACCGUAAUAACUUGCUAGAUUUAAGAAAGGAUAAAUUGUGUUCUUGUUUACACCUUCUUCAAAAGGCUUUGGAAGCCUUUCGUUCUUCUUUAGCUAUCAUGAGAGGCACUCUAUAAGCCAAGCGAGGGAAAAUUGGCUUUUUGCGCAAAGCACGAGACAAGUGCACAGUUUGCCUCACUUGGUUCAAAGCACCUGUCAUGCAGGCUAGGUCUUCUUAGACUUAAAGGUAGAUUUCAUCAAGUGUAAUCAAAGACCAAGUAGCUGAUUGUCUGUUGAUGUGUUUGUAGGGUACUUGCUGGCUAUGAACAUCAAUGAAAACACGGAACAGUUAUCUGGGGUCCCUGCGGAACCUGAUCCAGCGGAAGCAGCAAGAAUCCAACAGCAACAGCAGCAGAGUCAGAGCAAACUUAACCGGAAACAACGUAGAAAGCUUCAACAACAGCAGCAAGCUGAGCAACAAAGUCUUGCGGCUAAUAAACCUGAUCUAAAACAGACACCAUCUGAACUCUUAGCUUCUAAUUCAGUGACUCAAACAAAUGAAACACUUGUUAAACCUAGUACUGAGCCACAGAGUAAAGCGCAGGACACUGUGGUAUCGAGAACUGAGGACACUCAGGGUGAUUCAAACAGUAAACUCGCUGCCCCAACAACAAAAGGUGAUAAACCUGCUCAGUCUGGAGCAGGAGCAUCAAAGCCGGUUAAUGGACAAGCACAGUUGCCAGGUAACGGGAAAAGAGCAGGCCCACCAUUAAUACCUCCUGCGCCUGGCCCAGGAGUACAGGGACCUUUAAGGCCUCCUCUGGCCCAUCCACUACUUCACCCUCAGCUCGUUCAACAGCUUCAUCUGCAGCAGCAGUUACGGAUAGCCCAGGGAGGGCUGCUUCAACCUCCGGUCACUCCACAACAGUUUGCUAUGCUGCAACAAAUUGCUCAGCUUCAGCUUGUGCAGCAGAGACUAGCUGCACAAUCUGUUGCUCAGCAACACUUGGGACAAAAACAGCAGGUGGUGCCUCAACAGCAGCUCUAUCAACAACAGCAGCAGAUUGCGCUCAUGAUUGCUCAGAUGCAGCAAGUCUUACAGCAACAGCCUGGUUUGGCUGGCCGGCUCCCUGCACUACAGUUUUCGGCAGUGCCUCAGCAGCAGUCUAUAACUCAACAACAGCAACAGCCUUCCCCAACUAAUCAGCAGAAAGGUAACAAACCUGUAACAAAUGACAAGCCACCUAGCGAGUCUUCACAGACUAAAACUACUGAAACUGUUAAAUCUCAAUCAAAGGAAUCUCUUAAUGUCACCCCUGUAACAGCGGAGGAACAGCCAAAACAGCCUUCUCCCGUCACACAAUCUCGACUUACCCAAUGGAAGCAGCCAGUACUGCAGGAUUCUGCUCCAGUCACUCAACCAUCAGUCUCCAGCAGUACACCGACAUCAGUGGACUCGAAACCUCCAACAGACUCCAGCUCUACACUGUCUCCUUCCGUACUAUCCAGUGUUGUUUCCGCACCCACAAUUUCAACUAGUGACACAGCUGAUCAUUCAGCACCCAACAGCAACAAUGUAUCGCCACGCACAAGAAUUUCCGAUCCAGUUUCCAGUAGGUGGGGUGUUGAUGCAGGCCCUAAGCUGUCAGCAGAUCCGCCGGAGUUCAAACCUGGUGUGCCAUGGCGCCCUGCGCCUAAAAACGACAAAAGGGAGGAU